AUGGCCGAGGACAAGAAAACAUACGACUACACCGUCGAGAUGGACAAGCUCGACCAGGGCAACAAGGAAUUCGAGGCUGCGCUGCCUGCGCCGCAGCCCCGGAACACCCCUCCCAGUCCGGUCGCCAGCAAUCCGGCCCUGCCGGUUCUGGCCUACUGUGGUUCGUCCAUUAUGAUGACCGUCAUGAACAAAUACGUUCUGUCGGGUUUGGACUUCAACUUGAACUUCCUGCUGCUCAUGGUUCAGUCUCUUGUCUGUAUCGCUGCGAUUCAAACAUGCAAGUCCAUGGGUCUCAUCACCUACCGUGACUUCAGUGCCGAUGAGGCCAAAAAGUGGUUCCCGAUUACUCUCCUCCUCAUUGGCAUGAUCUAUACCGGCUCCAAGGCCCUCCAGUUCCUUUCGAUCCCCGUGUAUACUAUUUUCAAGAACCUGACCAUCAUCCUCAUCGCCUACGGUGAGGUCCUGUGGUUCGGCGGCUCCGUGACUCGAAUGACCUUGUUCUCUUUCGGUUUGAUGGUUGUCAGCUCCAUUAUUGCCGCCUGGGCCGACAUCAAGCACGCCGUUGAGAGCAGCGGUGACACCUCCAGCCAGGUGUCGACCUUGAACGCCGGCUAUGUCUGGAUGAUGAUCAACUGCCUGUGCACCUCGUCCUACGUGUUGGGCAUGCGCAAGCGCAUCAAGCUGACCAACUUCAAGGACUUUGACACCAUGUUCUACAACAACCUGCUCUCCAUCCCCGUCCUAAUCGUGUUCACCCUGCUUGUCGAGGACUGGUCCUCCGCCAACCUGGCCCGCAACUUCCCCGAGAGCAACCGCAACGGAAUCAUCUUCGCCAUGGUUUUGUCCGGUCUGUCUUCCGUCUUCAUCUCGUAUACCUCCGCCUGGUGCGUGCGCGUGACCUCGUCCACCACGUAUUCGAUGGUCGGCGCCCUCAACAAGCUGCCCAUCGCCCUAUCCGGCCUGAUCUUCUUCGACGCCCCCGUCACCUUCCCCAGUGUGUCGGCCAUCUUCAUCGGCUUCGUCAGUGGCAUUGUCUACGCCGUGGCCAAGAUCAAGCAGAACGCCAUGCCCAAGACCGGCAUUCUCCCCACCUCCAACCCGCUGGUCAGUGCCAGCAGCCAAAGCAUGCGUGAUUCGCUGCGGUCGUGA